UCGUUCGGUGACUGUCGGGAGGACGUACAAACUCAAAAAUUAACCUUAAUUGAAGUUGUUUAAAGGAAACCCGGUUCAAAACGCACAAAUAUAACUCCUAUUAAUUUAACAAUUAGCCCCUCCUCACGCGGUUUGCGUCUUUCUUUACCUUUUUGUCUACAUGUCACAUAACCUAAAAGCAAGUGAUUCAAUACUUUCGAAUACCUUACCCACCCCAAAGAGCGUAUGGUUAAGAAUGAAAUGCCAAAACGGUUAAUGAAUAUACUUUGCUAUCCAAGCUGGCAGCCCCGGAGAACACCGAAUUAGCCCUUGGGGCGACAAACGUUACCAGCACAAGGAAUCAAGGAACUUUAACUGAACUUUGUAGUGGAGAAUCGUUACCUGAAGUAGAAAUCAUCAGUUUGCUCGAGGAACAAAUUCCUCGUUACAAACUCAGGGCUGACACUCUUACAAAAUUUGGUGGAUACGAAAAUCAAGAUUGGUUUAUACCUUCACCAGCUUUACCACUCGAAGAGGCCGAUUUGAAAUUAUCCCCGGAUCAAAUCCGAGAAACUCUCAACUAUUUUCUUCUAUGUAGUAACCGCGUGAGCCAAAUGACCAGCACCUACGAUGAUAUAGAAGCGGUAACUAGGCUUCUUGAAGAAAAAGAGAAAGAUCUGGAGUUGACCGCUAGAAUCGGCAAGGAAUUGCUCCAACAGAAUAGUAAAUUAGAGAAUACGAUUGCAUCGCUGGAAAAUGAAUUGCGGGUCGCCAACGAAAAGAACACCCAACUCACCCAUGAAAAUAAUAAGAAAACGGAACUCAUUCAAAUACUCAGCAAUGAUAUGGACGAUGCGUCUUCGUUUGAAAACAUUUCUGGCCUAGGAAAAAUUAAUUUGGAUUUUUUACAAAAGCAUGCAGCUUCAUUGGCGGAAGAGAACAAAGUCCUUAAACAUGAAUGUCAACGAUUAAGCGAAUUCACAACCGAUGCAGAGGCUCAAGAACAACGUUUAUUAAUGGAUAUCACCGGACAACUCGCUUGUGCGAAUUCAAGCAUGACUUUUCUUGAGGAUGAAUUGGAUAGGGUUAAAGAAGAAAACCGGCUUCAACACGAACAGAUUUUAGCUCUUACCGCAAAAUUACAAGAUACAGAAUUAAAAUUGCACAAGUUUAUGACCGAAAACGAUGAAAUGAACAGUUUACUUCAAAUAACCAAAGAUAAUCAGGGCAGUAUCGCAAUUGAAUUGGCAGAGUUUAAAGCGCGUUAUUACGAAGUGGAAGCUUUAUUACGCGACGCUCAAGAACAACUUCGAAAAUUGAGGAAGAAGCAAAUGCCGGUUGCUCGUAGCGCUUUAUUCUCUUCAUUGGGUACCUCGCAAGCGGCAUUUGAUAGUUUACAAAACGAACUUGCUAUGUCGAUGCAUUCUGAAUACAGUAUGGAUUCAGGAAUAUCAAAUGAUAACUUGCCGCAAUAUAAACGUGUUUUUGAUACAGUUCGUUGCGCCUCACAAAGUUCGUUGAGUAGCGGCGAUAGUUUGGCAAGUUUGAAUAAUUUCGGCAGCAGCGGAAUCGGAGGUUUUGUAACCAGCUCUGGUACGAUGUUUGGAUCGAGGAUGGCCUCACACAUGCAAGGAACCAACAACCGACGAUCAACCGGUUCUAUUUACAGCAGCAGUUCUUUGGGUUAUCCAAGUUUGGAUUCUACGGGGCAGUCGGACAACGAAUCUUUCCACACCGAUUCUGAUUCAGAUGGUUAUCCAGCCGCCCCGCAAAAGGGAAUACCUGGUGCUCCAGGUGCUGCUGAUUUAGAAGCUGCUUUGAAACGGUUAACGCCAGGAGAAGUACUUCAACGUCGGGCGAAUUUACAGUGUGGUCAUCAUACUUAUGGAGGUUAUGAAGGAACCGAUACUUUCCUUCCAUACGGUUGCAGAACACCAGAUAGCUUAAUGUCAACUGGUUCCUACACAUACCAACCAUGGAAACUCCCUGAAAAGCUUCAAAUUGUAAAACCAUUAGAAGGUUCCCAAUCGCUUCAUCAAUGGUCUCAAUUAGCACAACCAACAUUAAGCGGUUUAUUAGAGGAACGUCCAGGAGUGAAAAUUAAGGGUGGUAAAGAGUUGGAAGACAUCGGUUUGGAGCAGUAUGGUCUUAGCGACCUUGAGGAAGAUGAAGAAUAUGGGAAUCCCGGGAAGGGUUUCGACACGUCCGCGCCAACUUACACGUUAACGAACAGUACCGUUAUGCAUCCGGAUGAUGGUACUACAACGACUUUCGUGACGCCCAGUAACCGGGCGAGCCGGGUGGCUUCCGUUUGUUCGAGUAUACAGAAUUCGCCGCCUCAAACGCCGAAUGGUGUGUUGAGUAGAAGGAAUUCUUGUAGUACGUUCAGUACGACGCUAGGAUUGGCGAAAAUGCUCAAUGAAAGAGGAAUAAAAGCUGUGACACCUUCCGCUUAUAAUACACCAUCCGGCGUGAAUAGCUUUACACCGACGGCCACCCCUUGUAACAGUCCCGACGGAAGUCCGUGUUCUUCGCGUUCUCGAUCUCCGGAACCAUACUACGAAUCGUUUAGUCUUCCACAACUCUUAUUAAGUUCGAUGCCAGAAUUUGUACAGCAAACUAUUGGUGGGACAAAAAAGAAAUUACCGCCACAUUCGAAGACAUCCGCUGCACGACAAAAAAGAUCCAAACAAAAAGAAACUUUAGUGAAUAAAAUAGAACGUAUAGGCAUUAGUACUAUGCUAGUAAAUCCAGGUAACCUCACCAUUUCCGCCGGAUUAUACGCUAGACCCUCGCUGACCAGCCCCAUGGCUCAACUCACCUGUUUACUUCCCAGUCAAAGCACAGAGAAUCUCAAGAAUGUUACAACUGGUAAACCGCCUUUACCACCAUCUUCCGUUUCCAAACACAACAUUAAAUCACCUUCAACACCAACAGAAAGCAAAAAAAUUAAAUCGUCAUUAAAUAGUGGUGUUUUGGGAGUUCCUGGACGUCCAGGAAGUGAUUCAUUAGCAAAACGACUUGAACAAUUAAAUAAUCGGAAACAAAGAAGAGUUCAAGGAAUGACCCGACCCGAUUUAGGAACAGUUUCGACGAAAAAUUCACCCCAAAUUGAACAACAACAGCAGCAACACCAAACGUCGACGACUUUGGGUACGUUGAGUACGUUGCUUUUUGGUCGAAAAGGCGGUUUGUUUUAAAUUGUUGUUGAAUUGUAUAUAAGUUAAAUUAACGAGUUAAACAAGUAGGUACUUAAAAUUGAAAAAAAAAAAAGAUGAAAAGAAGAUGAUGUCAUUGUGAUUAAAACCAGUAUUUCUUAUUAUGGAAAAGUGGCACAAGGAGUUAAUUUUUUUUUAUUAGAUGAACUUUGUUUAAGAUGGAAAAAAAAUAUGGAUAAUUUUUGAUUUUGUUGAAAUUAUCUUUUAUUUUUUAAUAUCUUAAAUCGGUUUUAUUUAAUUAAUUAACAAUUUUUAAUUAAUUGAGAAUAAAACGAUUUCUAAUUUAUUAUUUUUGUUUGUAUUAAAGUGCCAUAAAAUAUGCAAUACCAUAAUAAAAUCGAAAAAAUAUCGCCCAAUCCAACUUAACUUAUAUUUAAACAAAAAAUAAUGGGUAUUGGAUAAGAAAAAUAUAAUAAUGUGAUUUUAAAAGAAACAUUUUUUGUUGAUGUUUUUAGAAACCUUUUAUUUUACCCUCUUGUAUUUCUUUUACGUAUUUAGUUUGUUUUGUUCCUUUAAUUUGUACGUUUUUGUGAGAAUAUACUCAUGUUUAUAUAUCGAAAUCAUAAUCCUGUGUUUUAACAGUAUCUAUUAGUAUUUACUAAAAAAGAAUGGAAAAUUUAAAUUACCUAGUAUUUUCGAUGGUGGUAUUCAGCGGAUUGUAAGCUAUGUUUUAUUUAAAAAAAAUAUGUAUUUAAUAAAAGAAAGUAAAAAAAUACGUAGCGCGGUGCAUUUCAAUAUUAAUUAGAUUUUGUGUUAUCUGUAUUAUGGUUUCUUGUAGUAUAUUAAAUAAAUAAAUAAAUUCAAAAUUAAAAAAUUGUUUUUUUAUUUUAGAUUUUUGGAAUGCUUAGUUUCCCAUGGUCGAAAAAAGAACAAAUUUAGGAGCGACAAUUUUUAUUUAAUAGUGAUUAAACACUACCUUUUGACUUUUUUGUAUAAGACAAAGUAUUAAAAUCCGGUAAGAAAACUCGA